CAACGCACACUCAGGAGGCAGAGUGGCAUACAGAGAAUUGUCAUUUUUAUUAAAAGGUUUUUUUUGCCACAAAUUCAGGUGAAAUGGAUGAGUACAAACAUUCAUUGUUCUUUGAAGCGAAAGAACUGACAGACAGAGAGAAGGAAAAGAUCAGGAGAUACUUUCAGAAAAGACGAGAUUCUGGAGGUGGUGAGUGUGGAAUGAUUGAAAAGGCCGGAGACCACACCUAUAAAAUCUGCUUUAAGGAAAAAGAAGACCAGGAAAGGGUUUUGCAGAGGAAGUUUCACAUUAUCUCCCUUCCUGCCGGGGAGGUACAACUGACUGUGAGCCGAACCAAUUCGCCUCAGACCCCUAAACACACUGAUCAGCCAUCUACUAGUCACUCACAGACGUUCAAAAAAGAGAACACAAAAGGCCUUGAGAAGAUUUUCAAGACAGAUAUUUUCCUCCUGUAUUACCUGAGAGACAACGCUAAAGCAUUCAAAGUCUUAGAGAAGCAGCUCUCUGCUAUCGGCUGCAAGGUGGAGUUAAACUUUGAUGAAGAGGAGGCAUUGGUUAGAGGGAAUAUUGAGAAGGGGCCUGGAGGAGCUUUUGGCAGUGCUGCAGAGAGAUGGGAACUACAGGUGGAUAAGGUCUUCAUCGGUCUUACUGAGGGAUACCUCUGCUAUCAUGUAGUUGAGCCAAAACAAGCAAAAAUCCUACUGCAGGACCUCAGCUUUGUGACUGAUGAUAUCAAAGUGUACAAAGAGGAUGGAUAUGCUGUGGUUGUGGGAGAAGUUCAGGCUGUGAGAGAGAGAAUAGCAAAUCUGGAGAAGAGACUGCCGACCCGUAAGGAACUCCCAGUCGUGGAGAAGCAGUUCAAACUGGUAGAAGAGGUGUUUAGUCGAGAAAUGUGUGCACAUUGCCCAGAAGUUAAAAUCCUCCGAGGUAAUGUGAAUUUGAUCAUCUUGGAGGGCCCUGACAAGGAAGUGCAGUUAGCAGUGACAAAACUUGAAGAACUGAUUAAAAAGAUAAAGGAAAAGAGAGUUAAGCUGUCUACAGCUUUAAUGACCUUCAUGACCUCCAGCGGUGUCACCUCCAAGUACCAGACUCGUUUCCAGCACAACCUCAGAAACCCUGUUGCCUUAAAGGUUGGGUCAGACCUGGUAAUGUCGAGUUUGUCCUCUGAUGCCCUGGCUGAGGCUGAGGCAGCAGUGCUGAGAGACCUGAGUGAGGUCACUGUGCAGCUGCAGGGCACCGCAGCUGUACCUCCAGAUCUAGACAAAGUGAAAGAAAUCCUGAUCAAAGCCAAAAACCAGGCAAACCUUCGAGAGCUCAGAGUGGAUGUCAGCUUCAUCCCAGGUCCCAGUGGAGCUGCAAUGACCAAAGUCCAGCUGGUGGGCUACAGUGAAAAUGUGAACAAGCUGAAAGAGGUUCUGCAAGACUACCAGAUGAACCAGGUUGGGACACAAGAGGUGCUGAACUUAUCCGACCCUGAUAUGAUUGAAGAUUUUGAUAAAAUCUUGGACCUGAUUGGGAUGAAGCCCACCAACGUGACAUUAAAAGCCUCACAUUUCCCAUGUCCUUGUGUGCUUGUGUCUGGUCCCCGUUGUCUAGUCCAGGAGACCCAGCAGGCCCUAAUGUCAGCUCUAGCAAGUCUGACAUCAGACACACUAGUUCUAGAUGGACCAGGGGCUCAGUGGUACUUCCAGAGAGAGGGUAAAGUCAGCAAGGAGCUGGUAGAAAGCUCCUGUCAGGUCCUUAUCAAGGCACAACAAGGUGUACAGUCCGCAAAUGUGGACACUAGAUCACGAAGCAUUAGUAACCCAAGCCCCAGCAGCAUCACACCCCAACCCUCCAUGAGCAGAUGGCGCUGCAGCAGUGUUGGGAGCAUUGCGCUCAACAAAACAAACCUGGAGAUCAAGCUCGGCAGUUUGGUGGAUGAACAGGUGAAUGUGUUGGUGGUCCCCAUGCUCAACAGGAAGCUAAAUUCUACUAAAAUUGGCAAAUGUCUGUUGAGUAAAGCAGGGAAUACAAUCAUGUCAAAGUUUGACUCAAUGGCAGCAAAUUGCACCCUCCGUCCUGGAGAUGUUCUGCAGAUUGAUGGGCCUCCGUCUCUGGGCUGCUCCAAGAUCUUCUUCAUUGAGUGUCUGCCGUGGGAUGGAGUCAGAGGGCAGAGUGUGCAGGCUCUCGGUAAUGGCCUGAAGAGGUGUUUGGACCUUUGUGUACAGCAGGGCUUGUGCUCAGUGGCCUUUCCAGUUAUCGGACCUGGAAUUAUUUUGAAAUACCCACUGAGAGAAGCCAUCCAAGCACUGACUGAGACCAUUAGCCAGUUUGGAUUAUCUGCAUUCUGUGGGUCUCUCUCCACCAUCUGCAUUGUCAUUCAACCUGAUUAUCCUGACUCUGAGGAGUGCUACCAUGAUGUCUACAGGCACCUCAGCUUAAGUAUGAACCAGGGAGGCCAAGCAAUCUUCAAGUCUCUCACUAGUGACCUUGAUGACAUCACAAUAACAGUGGGAGGCGGGGUUAAACUACAGCUGGUGUUUGGUGACAUUACCAAUGAGACUACAGAUGCUGUGGUGAACACGACUGACUUUACUAAUUUCAGUGAUGAUGGUGUGUGCAAAGACAUCUUAACCAUAGCUGGACCAGAAGUGGAGGCUGAACUGAAAGCAGCAAAAGUGAACCGAGGAGCUGUUUUUGUAACCCAGUCUGGAUCAUUCCCCUGUGAUGCCAUUUUACAUGUGUGUGGAGAAAAGGAUGCAGGCCUCAUCAAACAACUGGUGUGUAGCAUCACUGAGCAUUGUGAAACCUAUGGAUUUGCGUCUGUGGCCAUUCCCGCGAUCUGUGCUGGCGCUGGUGGGUUGGAUCCUGGUGUCGUGGCAAGUGCCAUCCUCCAAGGGGUCAAGGUUGCCACGUCGUCCACUCUUUACAGUCUCACCAAGAUUCGCCUCGUCCUGAUCAAGAUCAAUGUUUUCCUGGCAUUUAAAGAGGAAGCAAUGCAGAUGUUUUCCACUGCUGUAAUCAACCGAGCACCAGUACCUCAGUUUUCUCAUGCACCAGAACAGCCUCCACUGUCUUUGAAGGCAGACCUAAGCAUCCGACGUGCCAGUUCUACAAGUCAGCAGUCUAUCUUCCGGGUCCUGGGUGUUUCCAGAAAGGGUGUUGAUGAUGCCAAGACAAAGCUGAAAAAUCUGUAUGAGGCUCAGUGGUCCACACAAACCUUCAAAAAGGCGGAGCUGGAAGGCAUCACCCAAGACGGCAUGAACGAUCUGGAGCAGCUGGUGGAGACCCUGGGUCUGUACAUGCAGAUGGACCAGGGCGACUUGAUGGUGCGCGGGUUGAAAGACGGGGUCAACCAAGUGAUGCAGAUGAUUUAUACCUCUCAGCAUGACAGCCUCAGGAGAGAGGUGAGAGUUAGGGAGGAGGAGGAUAUGUACAGCCGUGUGGCUUGGUGCAUCCUGGGGCAUAGCGGCAACUGGGAAAGACUCCCCAAAGCAGCCAAUCAUGACCUGGAAAUGAAUGAUCUAGUGAGAGGGAUAAUGGAUGCACAGGGCAAACAAUGGACUGUGGAUCGGCAGCGGAUGGAGGCCACAAGACCAUUAAUUGGACAGGCGGCGAAAUUGAAACGACUUCAGAAUCAGCCAGACUUCACUCUGCCCUUGUACUGGGACAACAUGGCUAAUGAUAACCUGAAGGUGGUUGCACUGCAGCCUUCCUCUGCUGAGUAUCGGACAGUAAAGGAGGCCUUUAAACGAACUGUCUCCAAGACUGUAAUGAAGAUUGAGCGCUUGCAGAAUGUUCAUCUGCGACGUGCCUAUGAAGUGCGGAAGAGGCACAUUUCUGAUAAGAACGGACAGGCCCGAGGAGCAGGUGAAAAGCUUCUGUACCACGGGACGACCCAGGAAAACUGUGACUCCAUCAUGAAAACUGGGUUCGACCGGGGCUUUGCUGGGCAAAAUGCAACUGCUUACGGUCACGGAACCUACUUUGCUGCAAACGCCAGCUACUCAGCCCAACCCACCUACUCCAAGCCAGCAACUGAUGGUUCCCAGUUAAUGUUUGUGGCCCGAGUCCUGACUGGCAACUACACACUAGGCCAAAAGGACAUGAAGGUUCCUCCACCUCUCAGCAACCAGCAGCCCCAUGAGCGCUAUGACAGUGUGGUGGAUAGACCAGACAAUCCCAGCAUGUAUGUUGUGUUCCACGAUAACCAAGCUUACCCAGACUACCUCAUCACUUUCAAGUGACUAUGAGGGGAAACAUUACGUGUUUUUCUCCAUGCAAGUUUUUAAAUACACAAUGAAAAAAUGGUGAGGGAUAAGCUUUUUAGUUGUAAAUAGUUAAGUUUUCACAUAUGUUUACAGUUAAUCAUAUGUAUCAAUGAGUGUAUCAUAUGGGGAAAAAAAAUUAAGUUGGAAAUAAGAAUAGGAGGAAAUGUAUCAGUACAAAAUUCAAAAUAUAUACAUAAAUAUACAAGUAAACCUUCAGUGAAAAGUGGCAGUGAAGGAUCUCAAAAUCAUGUCCAGGUUUUUUUUCCCACAAAUUUAACUUUAGCUGCCUGGGUACCUGCAGAGAGGUUCCUCUAGAGAUGAGAUUUUAUUACUGUUGCAAUUUAGAUUUACUUUUAGUACUUAAGUUAUGUUUUAGAGUGUUUCUGGCUUUUGAGACAUAUAAUGAUUCAUUUUCUUCAGUGAUGAAUUAUGUCAGAUUUUGUCAUGACUUUACUACCAAUCUAAAUAAUAAUGAAACUAGCUGAAUUAGUGAUGGUAACAUCAAUAGACAUUGUUGUUCAUGAAGUAAAUAUUUCAGCCACUGAAUCAGACACUUAAAGUCAAAAUAUUCUCACAAAUGUAUGCAGCUGUCAAUCCUUUAUUUGGUUGAAAUUUGCAUUAGGUGUUGUACAAACAUGGGUAGAAACAGAUUAUAUAGAUGAAUAUAAAAAGGUGGAAAGAGCACUUUACUCAGGACUUAAUUGUAACAUACAAAAUCAAAUAAAUGUAUUCCAUUAAA